CUUUGCUUUACCCCGAUUGAACCCACGAGAACUAAAACCCGAUACUGAUAGUACACGAUGUCGAGAUUCACAUCAACCCAGUCAACGUCUACGACUUCCUCCUUCCUCUCCUCCUUCAACCACUUCCUCGCUUCCAUCAUUGAUAUCCUCAAAUCGGUCUUCCACACCGCCAUUGCGUUCCUCGAAUUCGUCUUUGCACUCUCCACCGACUUGUUCACGGUUGCAUUCAAUGUUCUGUCUAGCACCCUUGGUGCAGCUGUGAACUUCACCCGAGGCGUCGUGUCCACUGCUUUGGACUUUGUCGGUGGAAUUACCAAGUCGGUGUUGGGCCUCUUCCGAGGUGUCGUUGGAUUCAUUGCUGGCAACUUCAUCGCCAUCUCCCUCCUCAUCGGCGCCUACUACCUCUACACCUCCUACCAACGCCAAUCCCAGCGCAACCCCAAUGCACCCGUCAAAGACCUCGCCAAAGCCACCCUCACCGACGCCACCACCCGUGUCCAGCAAGACGCCUCGCACACCUGGUCUACCGCCGCUGGUAAAGCCCACGAGGCGACCGAGAGGGUCAAAAGUGAAGCCCAUGGAGCGCAGGAGAAGGCUAAGGAUAAGGCCCAUGAGUUGAAGGCUCGGGAGAAGGCGGGAGAGAAGAAGGCCAAGGACAAGACUAAUGCUGCUACGGAGAAGACCAAGGCUGCUUGGAACGAGUCGGAUGCACCGAAGUAUAGUGAGAAGGUUAAGGCUAAUUUCCCUGAUGUUCCUGCCCAGAAGGUGAGGAACUAAGGUGGAGAAGGGAUGAUUUUGGCUCUUGUAACAUAGUUUUCGAAUUCUUGUACCCCGGUAGUGUAAAUGUGCUGAUAAUCAUUCAUCUGUCGUACAUUCUGAAAGCCCCAGAAUAUGAGUUUGGACGUGUAUUAUUAUUAGUCGACGGCGAUACAAUAACGUCUAUUAUAAAUAAAGUAAUAAAGC